AUGGAAUGAGAAGGCCAUGAGUUACAGGAGAGCAAGGAAAGCAAGACAGUAGGAUCUCGCCUGGCUAAGGAACACGAACAGGAAAAGUUCCUUCAAAUAGAUAUUCCUCUCUCACUGACUGAUACGGAAAAGGUGGCUAAGGAUUUAAGUACCUUGAGCAAAACCAUAGAAGAACUGAGAAAGAAACUGGAAUUCCAAACUGUUAUUGAUGCCCUUAUGGAACAGAAAAGGGAAGUUGAACAGGAAUUGAAUGACUGUCAAAGUAAUCUCUCUGACGCGUACAAUAGGAUUUCCGAAUUACAGAAGGAACUGGAGGAAAAAUCAGUGCAACAGCCUGAGAUGGUGCACGUAGUAGAAGAACACGUAGAGCGGAAGGAAGUAUUGGAAGAAAAAACAAAAACAGUAACGAGGGGAGCCUUAUCUGAGGACGUAGAGCCAAGUUCAGGAGACGGGAAAGUUGUAAGAGAAACUGAAAAAGAGGAGGUAACAGAAACCGAGAACUACUGGGAGCACUUUCCAGAAAAACACUAUCCUCAUCCUGAAUAA